AUGUCCAAUGAAAGUUCUAACAAUUCUUCCUACUCAUCUUCUAAUUCUUCCAAUAUUCGGAUAAUGAUGGAUGGAUUCAUAAUGUCCGACCUAAUUGAAUUCUUUCAAAUGAUUCACCAAGUUCCGAGGGUGCCAAGGACAUUGGUCGAAAGGGAUCAUGAAGAUGGACAUAACCGUCUAUGGAGUGACUACUUUUCUAACCAACCAAUCUACCUUCCAAACUUGUCCCAUCGUAGAUUUUGCAUGAGAAAGCAUGUCUUUCUUCAUAAAUUGCAAACUUUAGAAGAACGUCAUCAGUUCUUUCAACAAAGACCAGAUGCCGCUGGUAGAUUAGGUGCAUCAGCUUUGCAGAAAUGUACCGCCGCUUUGAGGUUGCUUGCAUAUGGUGGUGUAGCUGAUUCCGUUGACGACUACCUACAUAUUAGUGCUUAUCUUGUCAGAAACUAUUUACAACAUUUUGUUGAAGGAGUUGUCUCUUACUUCUGUGACGAAUACUUGAGAAGACCCAACGAAGAGAAUUUGGUCAAAUUGUUACGAGAUGGGGGGCACCCAAGUGUUCCAGCAUGA